GCCCAGUAUGGUGUUCAGGACUAUACUAAAUACUUGGUCUUCAAUACCAAACAUUGAGGAAGUCAGGUGCCUGGGCCAAUGAGCCUAAAGGCUGUCUGUCUGGGGACAGCAAAGACUUUCUGACAUGAGGAGAUAUGUGUCUCAUAAGUGCUAAGGGGAAGCAGGUGCAACUGGCCUUCAAACAAGGAAAAUGCAGAAUGCAUAGAACAAGUAACCAGAAGCCCCCACAGAAAAGCAAACAGCAAAAGCCAUGGCAGCAUAUACUGAUGAAGAGAGAUAAGGAAAGUUUUAUCUGUGGGUGGACAGAAAUGUCCAUGAAGUCAGAUUAUCUACUUCUCUAGCUAUAUCUGAUAGCUAUAUCUGGAGCAUAGAUUACCUUUUCUGAGAAAAAGGUGUGGGGAAUCCUAAAUUUACCUUAGCAUUUACUUCAAAAAGAUAAACGAUUUCAAUAUUAAACUAUAAUAAAUGUGACAUCCAUACCUGUUACAUGAAAACUAUAUCCUCUGGAGGUGAAUUUCAAGAUCAAAAUCUAUAUCCUUUAGGUAUAAUUAUAUUAUACAAAAGAAAUACAUAGUUAAAAAUCAGAUAACUUUUCUAUGUUUUCCAUUUUUUCUACAUCAUGCCCUGAGUUCAUUUAUAUCAGUAGAAAUAUUUAGAGGUCAAGAGAAAUGAACCGCAUGAAGUAAAUGGAAGGUGAAUGAAAGAAGAAUUAUGGGAGACUUUAACAAUAAUAAUAUCUAUCUUGAACUUCAGAAAUAUAUAGACCCAGAAUUGAUUCCGACUCAUCCGCCUACUAGCAAAUCUGGAUUUUCUCAUCUAUAAUAUAGGAAUGAUAUAUAUACCCUGCAGAAUCCUGCAACAUAUGAGGUAUAAAUGACAAAAUGUAUAUAAAGCACUCAGACUAGUAUCUAUCACACAAGAAGUGUUCAAUCUUAUUAUUCACAAUAUUAUUCUCGUCAUUGUUAUUUUAUGAAUUGCCAUUUGUAGAACUCAGUGUCUUAGAUUUUAUCUAUGAUUCUUAUGGUGUUCAACAUAAUCAACUCAGGUAAAAUUUAAUCAUGGUCUAUGUUGAGAAUUUCUUCUUAUAAUUUUGUACUUCUAAUAUAGGCAGUACUUACACUUAUUUCUAUUAGUAGCAUGUCAGAGGGUGUGGGUUCCCAGUAUUUAUAUAGAGAGGGGAAUUCCAUCACCAGUCACUCUUUUCCAACUAGCAUUAUUUUAACUCAGGGGAAACUGAUUAGGAAGGAGCUCUAGAUAGUUUUAAUAGCUGUUUGUGAACCUCAGGUGUAACUGAACGACUUUCUAGAUUUACCUAUUAAAUGUCUCAUGAAGCUCUACAUGGAUAGAUAAUCAAUUGAUGGAGGUAAAUAAUCCUAUUGAAACAUUUGCUAUUUAUUUUUGAUACAGCUGUUUUAAACAGACUGAUUGGUUCCCAUUAUGAUUUCACCCUUGAAAGCACAAACUGUUUUGUUCUUUGUCAUUGUUGCAUGACAUUCCAUUUGGCAGUCAGCUUAUUUUUAGCCAGACUAUCAAAGUAUUUUUCAACUGGACUGUCAUUGCACUUGAACUUGGAAUCUUGUAACCUGAGGAACUGCACUGGGAAAAAGAAGAAACUUCUAACAAAUGGGAAAUUAUAAAUCUAGACCAACCCAAACUUGCACUGAUGAGUGGAAGAAGAAAGUCAGUGAAUCUUAUGUUAUUAUAAUAGAAAGAUUAGAAGAUGACCUACGGAUCAAAGAAAAAGAACUUGCAGAACUAAGGCACAUAUUUAGCUCUGAUGAUGCCUUCAAUAAAGUUAACUUAAAUUACCGCACAGAGAAUGGGCUGUCUCUACUACAUCUGUGCUGCAUUUGUGGAGGCAACAAGUCACAUAUUAGAACCCUUAUGUUAAAAGGGCUUCGUCCAUCUCGACUAACAAGAAAUGGAUUUACAGCCUUGCACUUGGCAGUUUACAAGGACAGUGCAGAAUUGAUCACUUCUCUACUUCACAGUGGAGCUGACAUACAGCAGGUUGGGUAUGGUGGCCUCACUGCCCUGCAUAUUGCUACAAUAGCAGGUCAUCUGGAGGCUGCUGAUGUCCUGCUGCAACAGGGAGCUAAUGUCAAUGUUCAAGAUGCAGUUUUUUUCACUCCAUUGCACAUUGCAGCAUACUAUGGACAUGAACAGGUAACUCGCCUUCUUUUGAAAUUUGGUGCUGAUGUAAAUGUAAGUGGUGAAGUUGGAGACAGGCCCCUCCACCUAGCAUCUGCAAAAGGAUUCUUUAAUAUUGCAAAACUCUUGAUGGAGGAAGGCAGCAAAGCAGAUGUGAAUGCCCAGGACAAUGAAGACCAUGUCCCACUCCAUUUCUGUUCUCGCUUUGGACACCAUGAUAUAGUGAAGUUCCUGCUCCAGAGUGAUAGCGAAGUUCAGCCACAUGUUGUUAAUAUCUAUGGAGAUACCCCUUUGCACCUGGCAUGCUACAAUGGCAAAUUUGACGUUGCCAAGGAAAUCAUUCAAAUAUCAGGAACUGAAAGCCUGACUAAAGAAAACAUCUUCAGUGAAACAGCUUUCCACAGUGCUUGUACCUAUGGCAAGAGCAUUGACCUGGUUAAAUUUCUGCUUGAUCAAAAUGUCAUAAGCAUCAACCACCAAGGAAGGGAUGGGCACACAGGAUUGCACUCUGCUUGCUACCAUGGUCACAUUCGCCUGGUUCAAUUCUUACUGGAUAAUGGAGCUGAUAUGAAUCUGGUAGCUUGUGAUCCCAGCAGAUCUAGUGGUGAAAAAGAUGAGCAGACAUGUUUGAUGUGGGCUUAUGAAAAAGGACAUGAUGCAAUUGUCACACUCCUGAAGCAUUAUAAGAGACCACAGGAUGAAUUGCCCUGUAAUGAAUAUUCUCAGCCUGGAGGAGAUGGCUCCUAUGUGUCUCUUCCAUCCCCCUUGGGGAAGAUUAAGAGCAUGACAAAAGAGAAAGCAGAUGUUCUCCUCCUAAGGGCUGGAUUGCCUUCACAUUUCCAUCUUCAGCUCUCUGAAAUUGAGUUCCAUGAGAUUAUCGGCUCAGGUUCUUUUGGGAAAGUAUAUAAAGGACGAUGCAGGAAUAAAAUAGUGGCGAUAAAACGUUAUCGAGCCAACACCUACUGCUCCAAAUCAGAUGUGGAUAUGUUUUGCCGAGAGGUGUCCAUUCUCUGCCGGCUCAAUCAUCCCUGUGUAAUUCAGUUCGUGGGUGCUUGCUUGAAUGAUCCCAGCCAGUUUGCCAUCGUCACUCAGUACAUAUCAGGGGGCUCUCUGUUCUCCCUCCUUCAUGAACAGAAGAGGAUUCUUGAUUUGCAGUCUAAAUUAAUUAUUGCAGUAGAUGUUGCCAAAGGCAUGGAGUACCUUCACAACCUGACACAGCCAAUUAUACACCGUGACUUAAACAGUCACAAUAUUCUUCUCUGUGAGGACGGGCAUGCUGUGGUGGCAGAUUUUGGAGAAUCAAGAUUUCUACAGUCUCUAGACGAAGACAACAUGACAAAACAACCUGGGAACCUCCGCUGGAUGGCUCCUGAGGUGUUCACGCAGUGCACACGCUACACCAUCAAAGCUGACGUCUUCAGCUAUGCUCUGUGUCUAUGGGAACUCCUCACCGGUGAAAUUCCAUUCGCUCAUCUCAAGCCAGCGGCUGCUGCAGCAGACAUGGCUUACCACCACAUCAGACCUCCCAUUGGUUAUUCCAUCCCCAAACCCAUAUCAUCUCUGCUCAUGCGAGGGUGGAAUGCAUGUCCUGAAGGAAGACCCGAAUUUUCUGAAGUUGUUACCAAGUUAGAAGAGUGUCUUUGCAACAUUGAGAUGAUGUCUCCUGCAUCAAGUAACAGUAGCGGGUCUCUCUCACCUUCUGCUUCUUCUGACUGCCUGGCGAGCCGGGGUGGGCCUGGUCGGAGCCACGUGGCAGCUUUAAGAAGUCGUUUUGAAUUGGAAUAUGCUCUGAAUGCGAGGUCCUGUGCUGCCUGGUCCCAAAGGGAGCUUUGUACCAUGUUUUUCAAAAUGGGCACUCUGCUAUGGCAUGCCUCACUCCACACGGAAAACUUCUCUCUCAACAAGCAUAUGACUGGGCAGACCAUGCAACUACUCAGGGUCGGCUUUUUGCCUUUGCCCAGGAAAAAGGCUUAUCAUGGAAAACCAUAGAUGACUUUUGCCAUCUCCUAAGCAUCACUCACGACAAGACACUUAAAAAAGAAAACACUCCUGACUCUAUAAAGUUGAUGCUAGUUUUGGAUGGUUAAGAGAGGGUUUGUCAAAGGAUUUUGUCGUUAGGUCAACGGAGCACCCAAGUUGCUCAGUCAGUGCUGUUCGGCUGGCCGGGGAUCACAGCAGAAGUGGCUGAAAGGAGGAAUUGGUUGUGGACAAAGAAUUGGCAUGAGCCUGAGGGCUGCAUGUGCUUUUCCAGGUCAUUCACUCGGCGGACACUUACUGAGCACUUACAGUGGAAUCUGGAAAUGUAUGUGACUGAGACUCCAUCCCUUCCCUUAAUGAACAAAUUGUUUUAAUCCAGUGUGCUUAGUGCUCUGAUCAGAGUGAGUCUUUGGACAGACGGAGACGCAAGGGCACUGCUAGGAGUUGGGGAUCUGGUGGUGACUCCCUGGCAACGUUCGCUCCGGAAGGAAGAUUCGUUCCACAAACACAUCCCUCCUCAGAAUCUUCCACAUCUGCAGAGAAUUUGCUCUCACUAUGAGUUAUUCCUUUUCUGUCCUCCCUUCUUUCUUUUUCUUCUCCUCUCUUUCUCUCUAAACCAGACCUAAGCAAGUCUACAUUAUCCGGAAGCAGCUGGUGCUACAAUGUGGGAGUGUUAAAUGUUUAACAUCUUGUCACUUGUGAAACUGAUGGAGUCAUCCUUUUUGUUUCAGAGUUUCAUGUUUAGGGGUUGAAAAGCUAGAUUGAUGAGCAUUACCAGAGAGAAAUAUUUUUUGAGAAGUUAGUGAAGCUGAUGACACGUUACUUUACAGUUUAGUGAAAUUCAGCAAAUCUAAUUCUAUUAUCCUGUCAAAGUUUCACAAAAGGGAGACCUGAAAGCAUAUUUAAGAUGAAUCUUUAAAGAUUUCAGAAGCCACAGCCACAUCUGCAAAAAUCAGAUGCAUCUGGUGCUGACAGACCUUUGUUUUUUUAUAGACUAAGGGGAGUAAAUAAUCCUCCAACAACUAAUUAAGUUUAAAUAAAGUUAUCUUGGUGAUUCAGUGCCUGCCUUUUCUCCCUUAAAAAGACUGUCAAGCAGUAAACCAUAACCACAUUUUUUUUUUUAAUUGAAAGAAUUCACAUAGCCAGAUUUACCCGGGCACACCAAAAUGGAAGCUUCCUUGAU